AUGAAUCUUGCGGAUUUCAUCAAGGACGAAUCCAUGGGUCCCACCACCAGUUGGGCCGACGAGAUGGACGCUUCCACUCCAAGCUCUUCCGACGGACGCACCGGCGGUUCCUACGGUAGUACUCGUCGCGACUACGGUGGUGCAUCCAGUGGUGCCGGUGGUAGCAGUGACCGCUACGCUGGUUACUCGAGGGCCGACGACUCGGACCGCCCUGCACGUGCGGUUGUCCCGGUCCCCGACAGACCGCCCUACAACGCCCACGUCGGCAACCUUUCUUUUGAAGCCACGGAGAACGAGAUCUCGGAUUUCUUCGCGAACUGCAAUGUUACCAACGUUAGACUUAUCCGCGACAGGGAGCAGGGUGACCGUCCCAAGGGGUUCGGAUACGUCGAGUUCGGUACUAAGGACGGUCUCUUGGCGGCUCUGGACCUGAAUGGUUCUCAACUUGCCGGUAGACCUGUCAGGAUCAACGUUGCCGAACCACCCAAGGACCGUGGAGACGACCGCACCACUGGCGAAUGGCGUCGCAGCGGCCCACCUCCUUCGACUGAGCCUGCUCAGCGUCGUGGUGGUGGCAGCAGCUACGAGCGUUACGGAAAUGACCGCAGUGAUCGCAGCGACCGCGGUGACCGCGAGGAGGGUGGACGUCGUCAAAAUUCCUUCCGCGAGAGUGACGGCAAGGUCCGUGACUUUAACAACUGGGAGCGCAAGCCCUUGUCGCCCCUCCCCCCCACCUCCCCUACAGCCAGCGACCGUCCCCGUGCUGGUGGUGAUCGCGAGUUCCGCCGCCGUUCGCCCGCUCCUAGCGCCGAUGGUGAUCGUUCGGAACGCGCACCCCGAGAACGUCCCCAGGUCGAGAGACAGCCAACCGCCGCCGAUAAGGACAACGAGUGGCGCAAGGGAGCCCGCCCUGACCCUCCCCAGCGCAGCACACCGACUUCCCCCGUUCUGGCCCAGAGCCGUCCUAAGCUUGAGCUCAAGAAGCGCUCCGAGUUGCCCCUCGCGACAGAUGCCCCUGCGUCUGCUAUCGACAGCAAGGCGAGCCCGUUCGGUGGUGCUAGGCCCAUCGACACUACUCAACGCGAGAAGGAGAUCGAAGAGAAGAGAGUCGCCGCCAUCGCUGUCCGCAAAGCCCGUGAAGAGAAGGAACGUGAAGAGAAGAAGGCUGCCCGCGAGGCCCAGGAAAAGGCGUCGGAGGCUGGAACGCCAGUUGCCAACAAGAGCUUCGACAAUCUCCGACGGGGAUCCGGAUCUGUUGCGACUCCCGAAGCCACCGAGGAGGAGGCCAAGGAUAAGCCGGCCACCACCGAAAAACCUCAACCGGAAAAGAGACGGACGGACACCAAGCCUGCCCCUAAGAGCCCGGGAAGCUGGCGAACUUCUAAGGCGGAAGCUCCCAAGCAGGAGGGCGAGGAUGGUUGGAAGGUCGCCUCUGGAACAAAGCGCGGAGGUCACGGAUCUAACAGGCCGUAA